CGUAGGAAAACUUCCGGUUCCAACUUCUCAGUGCUUAUGUUGACCGGAAGCGUCCGGUAGCGCUGCGAUGGUGCUCCUGGAGAGCGAGCAGUUCCUGACGGAGCUCACCAGGCUCUUCCAGAAGUGUCGGUUGUCGGGCAGCGUGUACAUCACCUUGAAGAAGUAUGAUGGUCGAACUAAACCCACACCGAGGAAGGGUUCUGUGGAGGGCGUUGAGCCCUCAGACAACAAGUGUCUGUUGAGAGCAACGGAUGGGAAAAAGAAGAUCAGCACAGUGGUGAGCUCCAAAGAAGUGAAUAAAUUUCAGAUGGCUUAUUCAAACCUAUUGAGAGCUAACAUGGAUGGGCUGAAGAAGAGAGACAAAAAGAGCAAGAGUAAGAAGAGCAAAGCAGCACAGUGAAGAGCACUGAGUUCCCUGCUUUUACCAAACCACUGAAUUACAUAUUUCCAUUUUGUUUAUAGUUUUGUUCAUAAAUCUAGGUUUCUGGUUCCCCCAUUAACUGUUUUCAUGUGAUAUUAGGGUUAUUUUGGAGAGAAGAAAGGUUGCAGUGUUUACAAAGUAUUUGUGGUAAGAAAGUAGUUUAUUUCAGAUUUAUGAUGCAUGGUUAUAAAUUCCUAAAUUAGUUUUAAAAAGUCUCUGUAGUCAUCCCUGUGAAGAGCAUUGUAUCAUUAAACACCUGUUAUCAGCACUGUGCUUAUGUGAUCCUCCCCCCCCCCCAAUCUCCCCCCCCGCUUUUUUUUGGUGUUGCUGGGGAUUGAAUCCAGGGCCUCACACAUGCUAUGUAAGCACUCUUGAUUACAUCCCCUCAUCCCCCCUCCCCCAUUUUAAUAGUCUGGCAAUAACUAAUUCUGGAUGAUGUGAUUACUGAAUGUUUUAGCCCUAUUUUCUAGAUUAUUCUAAUUGAAACCUGACAAUUAUAAAAGUUGUAUCAUCUCAUGGACAUUCUUUCCACCAGGUUGUAUAAGUUUAUCAUCAUAAUUUAUUAAGUUUGGAAGAGUUCGCAUAGCCAGAUGAAAAUCUGCUUAACCACGUUAGGAAAAACAUAUUACAAAACAUUAAAAAUAAAGAUUCUAAGGUAAUGA